UUAAAGUCAGCAAACGCAGGGAUAUUCAUAUUUAUAUUUAAGGAGAGGCUCUUAAAGAAGAAACGAUCUGCAAAAACACAUAGUUAGAAAAUCAAAGGCAAGAGAGGCUUGCUGAAAAGGGUGUUUUCGAAAUGUCAAGUUCCGGUGGUGCAGCUAUAGAAGAAAGGGCGGUGCAAUUUGGAUUGACUAGCCGUGAAGAUUCAGGCAGCAGUCAAGAGGCUAAGAAGGAGGAAGUAAUUGAAUCUGCCAAAAGCGAAAUGGGUGAUGUGAGAGAAGAAAAUCACAGAUUAAAGAUGAUGCUGGAGCGAAUUGAGAAAGAUUACCAGUCUCUCCAGUUGCGCUUUUUCGACAUUCUUCAGCACGAAACUAGUUCUAAGCAAUCUACAGAUUCAGCCCCAUCCCAUGAUGAAACUGAAGAAUCUAAUGAGCUGGUGUCACUUUGCCUUGGAAGAAGUCCAAGCGAGCCUAAAAAGGAAGAAAAGUCUACAAACUCUGCCAAAAGUAGGGAAAAUGAAGAGUUGAAGGCUAACUUGACUCUUGGAUUGGAUUCCAAGAUUCUGACAUCCACAGAAACUGCGUCAAAUCCAAGCCCCGCAGAAAGUGUAGAAGAACCGAAGGAAGAAGCUGGAGAAACAUGGCCACCAAGCAAGAUUAUUCCAAAAAGAAAUGGAGAUCAUGAUGAGGCUGCACAACAAAGUCAAGCGAAAAGAGCCAGGGUUUGUGUGAGAACAAGAUGUGAGACACCCACAAUGAAUGAUGGAUGCCAGUGGAGGAAAUAUGGACAGAAAAUUUCCAAAGGAAAUCCAUGCCCACGAGCAUAUUAUCGUUGCACUGUUGCACCAUUAUGUCCAGUAAGAAAACAGGUGCAAAGAUGUGCUGAGGACACGUCGAUCUUGAUCACUACCUAUGAAGGAACACAUAACCACCCACUUCCAGUUUCAGCCACAGCCAUGGCUUCUACCACCUCGGCAGCUGCUUCGAUGUUAUUAUCUGGCUCUUCAACCUCUCAGCAAGGCCUUGGUUCCCAUAUCAAUGCGACCUCUGCUCGUACUGAACUCAACGGAGUAAGCUUCAGUCUUCACGAUCAUUUGAGAGCAAAGCAAAUCUACUUUCCAAAUUCUUCCUCGCCAACGUUCCCAACAAUUACUUUAGACCUUACCACCUCUCCCUCUACUUCAACUACUCCUUUCGGUAGGUUCUCUUCAAGCUUCAGUUCAACCUCAAGAUAUCCCUCAACAAGUCUUAACUUUUCUUCCACCGAACCCAACUCUCUACCCCCAAUAUGGGGAAACGGGCUCCAUAAUUAUGGCACACGAUCCUAUAAUCAUCAACAAUUAUAUCAAUCAUUCAUGGAGAAGAACCACCAGGCCGCAGCUUCUCAACAGGUUUUAACAGAUACCUUAACAAAGGCAAUAACGUCGGAUCCAAGUUUUCGAACAGUAAUCGCCACGGCUAUUUCAUCAAUGAUUGGAGGUGGAGGUAGUGCAAUUGCAAACAAUAGAAACCAAAGGGCCGGGGAUCAGAAUUGUUUUGGGCAGAACUUGAACUUUGGCGAGACCAUGACUACAUCGGCAUUCUCCAUCAAUUCAUUGUCCCAGAACGGGAAAGGAUGUGCAUCAAGCUGUUUCAAUGGAUUGUCAUCUUCGACAUCUCAGAAGGGAAGCAGUCAGCUUCAACCGGCAUUGCCAUUUUCUGUAUUUAACAGUGCCUCUAUGCCUAAUAAUGACAAUGAGGAACACAAGAGUUAAGACAGCAACAAGAAAAUGUAAUUUCGUUAAGACAGCAAUAGUUGCAGUACUAUAUAAUAUUUGGGACAUUCUUGUGAUUAUAUUAUAUUUAGUAUGCCAAUAAAAAAACAAAAA